AUGGAAAUUGGACUAGAAAAUGAUUCUAAUAUUAACGAUGACAAUGCUUUAACUGACAUUUCAGAAUUAUCUGAAAUUUCUGCUAGCGUAUUACGUCGAGGCAAAGUAAUAGGAAUCCAACCAACAUCGCGGUCAAGAAUAAUAAGUCAGAUAAAAACAGGUGUCAAACGAAUUCAAGCAGGUCGAUCAUCAAAUAGUGAAAUGCCAUCUAGGAAAAGAUCCUCAUCUUCAUCAGAUGAGUCUGAUGAUAAUAAUAUGUUGUUUGACAUAUUGAUUAAUCUUCCAUCGCCGAGACGAUUUCGGGUUCGGUCAAAUCCUCUCGAAGAUUAUGAUGAUUUUGACUUUAAAAUUCGCUUUAAAUUAUCCAAAGAAACGUUCAUGAUACUUUUGCACAUGAUUGGAGAAAAUAUUGAACAUAAAACUCUGAGAAAUUUCUCCCUAUCAGCUGAAGUGCAGAUUUUAAUUGCUCUCCGUUAUUAUGCUACGGGAACAUUUCAAGCUGUUUUGGGUGAUCAUAUCCAUGUACACAAAGCUACUGUUUGUAGAAUUGUCAAACGUGUUUCUUUACAAAUUGCACAGUUACGACCACAAUAUAUUCAAUUUCCUAACAAUACUGUCCAACUUCAACAAAUCCAAGCAAGAUUUUAUAAAUUACAUGGGUUUCCUAGAGUUAUCGGCGCUAUUGAUUGUACGCAUAUAAGAAUACAAUCACCUAAAAAUGAUAUUGGAGAGAAGUUCCGCAACCGUAAAGGAUAUUUCUCAUUAAAUAUUCAAGCCAUAUGUGAUAGCCAAUUAAAAAUUAUGAAUAUUGUAGCUAGAUGGCCUAGAUCUGUUCAUGACAGCACUAUAUUUGAUAACAGUUUUAUACGUGCGAAAUUUGAAAACAAUGAAUUCGGAAAUACCUUUUUACUUGGAGAUGGUGGUUAUCCAUGUAGAAGUUAUCUCCUGACCCCUCUUUUGAACCCAAGAACUGAUGCUGAACGGAAAUAUCAAAAAGCUCAAAUUGGCACAAGAAACGUUGUUGAACGUUUAUUUGGAGUUUGA